ACACUUACACAAAUCAUCAUUAUUAUAGAUGAUCAAUAUUUCUCUUUAUUCUCUAUAAAGAAUAAUAGCAGGUGCAGCAGCAGCUGUAGUCCAGUCCAUCAGAGUCCAGGCCUGUCUUUGCGCAUGUCUCUCUUUCUCCACCUUUAAAAGCAUCACAUAGGAAGAAAAGAGGAGAAAGGGAGGCGACAGCACAAAUACAAUGAUCUCAGAAACUGAGAACGACAAUCCGAAGGCCGAGUAUCUCCGAUCUGAAGCGAACUAUUGCCCAGACUCCGCCGUCUCCUCUUCUCCGGAAUCUGGGCGACUGAGCAGGAGGCGGGACACCCAGACCACCAGCGGCAGCAUCAUCCCGGAGCAGAGCGGCAGCAUCCAGCCCCUGGUCUCCUCAGCUGCGGCCGCCGCCUGCAUCAUGACAUCGGGGGAGUUCAUCCAGACCGCUCCCCUGCUGGCGCACAAAUCCAAGAGGAGCCUGUUGUACAAGGCGCUCUGCUUCCUCCUGCUCAUCUUCCAGGGUGGCAUUCUGGACUUCUACCUCAUCAUCUUCACCGACCUGUACUGGUGCUCAUGGAUAGCCACGGACCUGGUGGUGAUCUCGGGCUGGGGGAUUUUCUUCAUGAAGAACGCGCGGAGCAAGAGGGAGCGGGCCUGCGGCUUCCACCAGAAGAGCUCCAUCUUCGGCUGCAACCUCGGGGAGUUCACCUACGCCUACCUGGCUUGGCUCAUCUAUGUGAUCGCCUGCACCCCGAAGGUGGUGCUCAUCCUGGAGACCUCCAUCCUGGACCUGGUCGCGCUCAAGGUGCCGUGCGGAGUGACCGGCUUCAAGAUCAUCAUGCUGCUGUCCGCGCCGCUGCUCUUCUGCCUCAUCAACUCCAUCAUCGAGGAUUUAAACGGGGCGACGCGGCACCGAUCCCAGAGCUGCUUCAUGAGCACCUGUCUGGACCUGCUGGACAGCUUCACGCUCGUAGAGAUGCUGCUCAGGAACGAGAUCCCCACCGUGUACCUCAAGUACACCGUGAUCUCGGUGUACUUCGUGACCCUGGCGGUGCCGGUGAUCUGGCUCUACGAGCUGACGGCGUCGGAGCUGCGCUGCCCUUGGCUGUGGGCCCGCUUCUCCACGGGGCUAGUGGUCAACGCGCCCCUGCUGGUGGUCAGGUGUUUCCAGGUGUAUGUCUACAAGAUGCCGGUGUCGGUGUUCAUGUUCAAAAACAUCUUCUUCUUGGUAUGUAAGUUCCUGGAGCUGGUGGAGCAGUGUGUGGCGGUGCAGGGAGUCCGGAGGCUGGCCAGCAGCAGCAACCCGGCCCAGUUCUCCCACUGCGUGUCCGAGAACGACAUGUGUCCGCACGGAUACGUCAACACCCUGGCCGUCACUCAGUCUUAGAGCCCGGGCAAAGGGUCGGCUCUGCCUGCAGUGAUGAUGGGAGAAAGUGGAGAAGCGGUGCUGCGUUCCAGACACAGCAAUUAGAAAAUCCCAUUUCUGAAUUUCUGAAUGUGAGGUACUGAGGCCAGAGUGUCAGUUUAUGAACCUCCCCAUUAAACAGUGCAGAGGGCUCAUUUUUAAAUGAACUGAGGAAAAACUGAAUUGAAUUGUCCAAACAAACCAAACUUAAAGAGUCACUUUGCCCAAAUACAAAAAUACAUAUAAAUUAUCAGUUACCUCUGGCUGCUGCCUUCACCCACAGACUGUAUGAAACAUGGGCAUAAUCUAGGUUGAAUGAAGCCUUGAUACUGAAACCGGCCUCACCUGUCAGUCAAAGCGUCCACACUGUUAAUCCUGAGUAACUUUAAGUCUUAAUAAAAUUUGAACAGGUGAGUUGAAAAUCUUUUUUUUUUAUUUGGACCUUUAAGUUUGGCUUAAGUCAUUUAAUUGUUCCCAUCAACGUGAACAGUAAAUGUAUAAAAUAGAAAUGAGAGAAUAUCUGCAGGUUACUGUGUAGAUGAGAUAUUUCUUUUCAUUUUGGUGAACUGGCCCUUUAAACAACAACAAAAACUAACAUGACAUAAAGUCUAUUUCAUGUCAAGCGCAAAUACAAGAAACCACAAAUAAAGUGAGGCACCUAGACACCUCACAGUUGGGUGUCUGUGGUCCCUGUGGGUUAGCUGCUCAGUAGCUUGUUUCUAUGAGGCUUGGCUAUAAACUUCAAACUCAUUCUCAGAUUAAUAAUGGUAAUCUGAGAAAAUGUAUAAUGUUAGUGCAAUGUUCAGCUCUCCUUUGUUUUUUCAGUCUGGCAUAAAAUCACUCCACUAACAGCUUGUCAGCGCGUUAUCUGACACGUCAAUUUUAUACCUUAGCACAGAUUAUCAGCUGUUUUAAAUUCUACCACCUGCAAGGGCCUGACUAGGUAAAAAGUACCCUAUUGAAGCUUAUUGAAGAAGUAGUUGCAGCCAUAUAUUCAAUUGUGACACAUGGCCCCUCUUGAAGAAAACGCCCCAUGAUUGGAUAAAAAUGCUCUCUGGCCCUCCCUUCCAUUUAUUGGUGCAUAUUUCCAAACAUCUCUGUAAUGAAUCAAACCACCAUUAAAUAAUGUACAGCCUGAGGGUCUGUGAAUCCUGUGAUGCACAAAAAGAGCUUAUAGAUUCACCCGCAAAGGCUAAAAACAGGGAGCAUAGCAGAUUCUGUUCAUAACAAAAGAGAAUGGAUCUUCAAAUUUCUUGACAUGUCUGGAACGCAUCACCUGUACCAGCCUUACAAUGCUCCCUUUCAGACCAGUCUUCAGGUGCUACAGUUAAAGGCAACACCUACAACAAAGAGAACAAACUGUGGUGCAGUGGACCUUGUUGAGUUGUGUGUGUUGAGUCUGAGUUUCAUUGAUGCACUUGAUUGGAGGACAGAGAAACAGCAGCUGGACUGUGUAGUGUCGGGACGCAAAGUGCAAUUUGAAGAAUCCUCUGAUGUGACUCAGCACAGCUCUGCUCCGUACAUGUACAGUAGUGUUUUCUAUUGAUGGCCGUGUCGUCUGCGGGUCUGUGCUGGUUCUAAAUGCUGUCUGGUACUGAGUGUAGAGUAGACAUGUGUGUGUAUGUUAACGCCAUGAUUAAAGAUCCAACAGUGCCAUGACAAACAUGUUUUCUACAGCCCUUUUCCAAUGGACCCAAUGAGCCAACAACAGGUUCUGUUGGCAUCACUGGCUGCGCUACUGUUUUACUACAACUGUCACUUUUUGGGUCAUGAGUCCUGAAAGAUCACUUACUACUGGUCACCCUGACAUCUGUCAUUUCAUACGUCUUGGGGUCACCAAAGGACCCAGCCUAUUUAUACCUGCACCAAGGUUUUGUUUGUGGUGCUGUUUGUUUGUCUGUCAGCAGGAUUAGCGGAAAAUGACUGGUCCCAUUUCCAUGAAACUGAGUGGACACCUCAAACAUUAGCACCUCAAACAUUAGCAUAGAAACGUCUUGGUUGAGGUCUGCACUCUCUUCUUGUAGUUCAUUAAUGGGUGUUCAUUUCUGCUUUUCUAAAAGUCAUCCAAGAAUACAAAACAACUCAGCAGACUCUGAAAAAGAUUUUCAACACACCUGUGAGUCAACAGUCUGAAACUUAACAUCCCAAAAUCCCAGUAAUCUCAGUAUGUCAUGACACAAUAAGUAAUGAUGGCAAGUCAUUUAUGAGAUGAGGAAGUCCUCCUCACAGUCUGGACCUUAAAGAUACAUGAGGACAUGAAGAUGCACUGAUCAAUAUUGUUAUAUUAACAAUGGAUCGAAUGGCGGUUUCAUUUUAAUUCACUGUAAAGAAUUACUCCCAACUGUGCAGCUCCCCUCAGCUCUGCUGGGAUUUGUAGUUUCUUUGACCAAUAAUGUUGCUCUGUGUACUGAACUUGUCACGACAACUCUAUAAGGUAUUGAAAUGUGAAUGUUGUGUUUUUCAGGCAGCAGGCAGAGGAUGAUGUCAUUUUUGUAGUGUUUGAAGGACUCCAUGACAGAGCUGUUUCAUCUGAGCUCUGUUGGAACUCUGAGCUUGGCUAACAAUUUCCCCCUGCUUCCAAUUUUGAUGCUAAGCUAUAUGUGUCUAUAUAGGGUGCACAGAGACAAUAUCGACCUUUUCACCUGACUAUGGAAAAGAGUCAGAGAGGGUUCCAUUGAAAUGAACCAUGGAAUUCAAUCACACACAUGCUGAAUCAAACUGUGUUGAAAAACACCUUUUUCAGAGUGUACGUCGAAUUUUACUGAGAGACAAUAUGUAUCCAGGUGCUGCUUAUACUCAGCAGUGAGUUUACUUGACCGACUCUGCAGCUUUGUUUGAAUAACAGCAUGUCAUGGUACGAUCACUGUCCUCCACAAAGAGCUCUCCUAUAAGCUUGUAGUAAUGUUGUAUCUAACAAAUAUGGCCAAUCAAAGUAUAUUAGCUAAGUAUAUGUAACUGAAAAUGAUGUAUUGUGAAGAAUUUGUGCAAUAUGGGUUACAGGGGUCUAAACUGAUUUUAGUGCCUAUUAUUUUAGACCUGAAUGAACUCGUAGUUCAUGAUGUGAAUUUAAUCAUAGUGAGGGUACCUGUGCAAUCUGCCAGCUUUGUUUGCUUCUCUGUGAGCGAUGGGUGUCUGCAGGUCAAAGGUUGUGCCUUGUGAGCAGUGGAGGACGGCUGAGGGGUCAAGACUGAUGAGAAGGAAAGUCCACCUUAAAGGACAACACCAGAGUUUUGUCCAGUUUUAUAAGAAUAUUGCAGAAUUUUUCUUUACAGUGGACUGUCAUGUUUCGCAUUUCUGUCUACUCUCCACAAAUGUCUUCAUCAUUUCAAUACAGCAUUGGAACUAAACUUGCAGAGUACUGUUGGUUUGGGUCUCUUUUUGCUGGUUUGAUUGUUGAGUUCAAAGGAAGAUAAAUCUUCAGCCCCAUUCAGCACGAUCCAGGCCUUAUCACCCAGCAUCCCCACAUCAGUGGCUAUUGGACAUGCGGCUGAAACUGUUGGGUGUCUACACACAUGCGAUAAUACAGACUGGACUGGAAUAUCAGUGAAUUGAAGUGUACAACUGUGAAAACAUAUGAAAUACUGACAUGAAAUUCAAGUUGACAUUUGUGAGCUCUAGUAUGUGAAGGUGUGUGUGUGCAGGUGGUUUUCAUGCUGUAUUGAAAUAAAGUGGUGCUGAAGACUAACUCAAUCUCAAAACAUGCAGAAAGCAGCCAAAUUUGAUACAAAGUAUACAAGGUCAAAAACCAAGUGUGACUUCCCAAACAUUUACUUCUGAUCUGACUCAUCCCCUGGCAGCCAUCACACUGAAGUAAUGUUAGCCAGUUCUGCAUGUUGGCUAAAAGCUCCAUUUAAAUCAAUGUAAAGUGAACUGACUGUCUAAUUUGAAGGAACACUGUCAGGAUUUUUUAGCUCUCAUUGCUAUUCCAAAUUUUAAAACAACAACAACACAUGCAUUUGUAGAUUCUGGUUCAUUUUUGUACACUUCUAGACAGAGUGAAUUGUUCAUUCGUUUAAGGGUCCUGACACACCAAAAGAAAUUGAUGACAGGUGUAUUGCCUCAGGCUGAAUCAUCUGAACUUUGAUUGGCUGGCUCUGGUUGGCUAAACAGUCAAAUACCACCUGUCAGCUGCAGUACUGAAUUCAAUCCAGGUUCAUCCUAAAUUGGAUCCAGAGAUCUUUCAAACAUAGACUCACCUUACUUCACUCUCCAAACUGAAAUCAUAUUUUGAAUCAACACGUCUUUCAAAGAGAGGAUCCUUGAACGGUGUAUUCAUUUUGCAGACAUCAGGGUGCUGUUGUGAAGUUGACCCUGAUGUCUGUGGGUGAUUACAGAUUACAGAGCUGCCGCUAUAAACACAAUAUGACAUGCUGAUGGCUUCAGUAUUUCUCUCGGCUUUGUUUGUCAUGUUGCACUGAGAACAGCUUCUCUUUGUUUAUUGCUCACCAUAUCUUGCCAAAGUAUUUGAAAUGCUAUAUUUUGUACUAUUUUGUAUUAUUUCCUUGUGCCAGUAAUCUAUUAAACCUUUGCAUACGUAUGGUUUGCAUAUGUACAGUACGCUGUUAAAAAGGCAGUCUUGAUUUGGAUUUGCACAUGAAGCUUAGCGCACAGUUUAAUCACAAGCAGGACCUUUUGUUUACAUCCAAUGUGAGACUGAAGUAUAACAGGCCUUUUACCUGCAUGAACAAGCACAGUGCUGAACUACACUGAAACUACCAAAGGCUUUCAUGGACAUGGAUAUUCAAACCAAACCGUGCUACACUGAUUCAAAUGGUUUCUUCUCUCCUGUCUUAUAUUCUAUGGGCUUUCCUUUUCUCCAAACUUGUUUACAGGGAAAGAACAUCGCUGUUGUUUACGGAUAGGAUUCUACCUGUACUGUUAACCUGUGUGAUGUAUAUCUGUACUGAUAUAAUCCAAUAUAUGUACUGUAGAUGUAAGACAGAAUAUUAUGUGGUUGAAACCUCAAAUAAAUACAAGGAAAGUACUGUACAAAGUGGUUAUUUAUUAUUGAUUCGUUAGACCCAUUACUGAACAAACACCUUCAUUGUCAGAGAAAAUGUAAUCAUUACUCAAACUGAUACACUGAUAAAAACGUUAGACAUUCCUGGAAUAUAUCUGACCACUUUAAACACAUCACCUCUCUUUUACCUGUGUGCAGAUUAACAGCAGGAAACAAUAAGAUAUUUCAGUUCAGAAUCAAAGAGCAGGGCUUCUUUCUACAUU